GAAGUAUCUGGCAGGCUAAUGCUAGCUAGGUUGCAAGUUCAGAGCGACCAAAACAAACGAUGACGGCCCAGCAAUGGACCCGAAAUAACAUUGAUUUGUCGUUUGGAUUACGGUUAUUUUGACAGUACCCGCGAAGUUCCUAAUGCGGUGCUUCGAGACAUAUUUACUUCUACGUGAACAAGUAGCGAUUAGGUGAUUUUUUGUGUGCCAACUGGCCAGUUUGCGAGCUGGAAGUCUGUGGGAUCACUGCACUAUGCGUUGGCUAACUUGAGCUUCGCUAACUAGCUAGGUGGUGGCUAGCUGUCAACAAGGACUGCCAGGACAAACCAAAUGCGCAAUUGCGGAGUACAGUUCGCGACGAAAAUGCAGAUGAAGUGAAUGUGCUUUGAGAGGCAACACCAAACACUCGUGACAAAAUUCGUGUGGCGAUUUUUCAACUUGGUGAUAGCUAGCUAGCUUAAUAGUCAAGAUGAGUUGGUUCAACGCAUCUCACCUGUCCACCUUCGCUAAGCAAGCUUUGACAACAGCUCAGAAGUCAAUUGACAGAGUUUUGGACAUCAAGGAAGAGGACCAGUGGGGUGACACAACUGUGAUGCCCUACAAUGAUGUUUCAUUACCUGGAAAACUGUCAUUAAGUGGAGGAUGGGGGAUAACGCAGUGGGAAGCACCCCCUGAUGAAGAAAAGACGAGCACCCCUCCUCCCUCCUCUGAGGCCAUUACCACCCCUGUUACACGCACAGUUGUAGAUGAAUCUGAAAGCUUUUUCAGUGCCUUUUUGUCAUCUGGAGAUGUACAAGCUGUCACCAAAUCCCAGGUAGUCUCCGUACCCCCUGCCAAAUCUCAAAGGGGGCAACAGGAAAACGAAAAGAAGAACCAACAAACUGGAAUCCAGAAGGAGACGGAAACGUCAGCGCCUGUUGAUAUCACUCAAGAGCCUGAGACAGCGACUGACGUCCAGUUGGUGACGCCUGAAUCCUCACCAUCAGCACCUUAUGCAGAUACCAUCCUACUGCAGCCAGUUUCACCUGUUUCUUCUUCUACUUCCACUUGUAACACUGACAGCAAAAUGAGCAGUGUAAUAACAGACGUUAGCGCAACAGUUUCUCUAGAAUCUAAAACAGAGCAACCCCAGGCUGCAUCAGAACACAAGGUUGAGGGUGACACUACAGAUUCCUCUAAAUCUUCAGCUCUUACUUCUGAACCCAAGAGCUCUACUGCUGAUCCUUUACUCACUCCUUCCUCUAAGGGAACAGUCUUAGAAAACAAAGAGUCAAAGGUAGAGGAUCGUCAAACCGAUACACCCUCCCCUCCAGUCAGUGCUUUCUCCUCAGGUACCUCAACCACCAGCGAUAUUGAAGUGCUUGACCAUGAGAGUGUGUUGAGUGAGAGCUCAGCCAGCUCCAGACAAGAGACUGGGGAGGGAAAAGCCGGCCUUCAUUUAAUGCAAGGCUCCUUUCAGCUCCUCACUGCCUCUACCUGUGGGGAUUUUCCCCGACUGGAGGACUAUCCCAAGCUUACAGAGAGUUGUGGCUCAUCCUCGGACGCAUUUGAACGCAUUGAUUCAUUCAGUGUGCAGUCACUGGAUAGCAGGAGUGUCAGUGAAGUAAAUUCAGACGAUGAGAUCCCUGGCAGCCGGACACUAGCGUCUGUCACUGCAGGUCCUGCUCCUCUUACAGUAUCAUCAGCUGUUUGUCAGAAGCAGGAAGAAAGAGUGGGGGACAAUGCAGGAGAGGAGGAAGAGGGAUUCCCUGAUAUGAUGAGGGAGCUGUCGCUGGAUGAGAUGGAGGAGAGUGGUCGAAGUGCAACGCCUGUGAAUAGUGAGCAGCCGGAGGAACUGACAGAACAAGAUGAGGAAUCUGGGACUAAUGUCACACUGUCUGAUCCCUCCUCCACUGUUGGAGAACAGAUCACUCCACCAAUCACAGAAGAGAUGAAAAGUGUCUCUACAGUUCAGAUACUAGCGCUUCAAAAGGUCAUUGAUGAACUGUCAGGCCGCCUUGAGACGAGAGAAUCCCAGCUGCUUGCAGUGAGCAAAGACAAGGCCAGGCUGGAGGAAGAGUGUGACAAUCUCAAAGAUGAGGUGAUAGGCCUGAAGGAGGAGAGCUCCACUGUUCAGUCCCUAAAGGAUGAAUUCACUCAACGCAUAGCGGAUGCAGAGAGGAAAGCUCAGUUGGCCUGCAAAGAAAGAGAUAUAGCCAAGAAGGAAAUAAAGGGUUUGAGAGAAGAGCUGGCUACACGACUUAAUUCAGGUGACACAAUGGAGAUAAUCAGAGAGAAGGAGGAGCAGAUCAGAGAGCUGCUAGAAGAAGGUGAAAAGUUAUCUAAGCAGCAGCUGCAGCAUAGCAACAUUAUCAAGAAGCUGCGUGUGAAAGAGAAGGACAGUGACGCAAAGAUCAUUAAGCAACAGAAGAAAAUGAAGGAGCAGGAGGAAGAACUCGGGCACCUACAGCAGGUAAUGGAUGGUAAAGAAGAGGUGGAGAAACAGCAUCGAGAAAGCAUCAAGAAGCUGAAUGGUGUGGUUGAGCGGCAGGAGAAGGAGUUGAGCAGCCUACAGUCUGAGUUCGACGAGCUGCAGGAGAAAAACAGGAGUCUCCAGGCCGCACUGGACAACUCCUACAAGGAGCUGGCAGAACUGCACAAGACAAACGCCAGCAGAGCCAGUGAGGCUGAGGAAGCAGCGCUGAGCCGGGAUAUGCAGGCCAAAGAGCAGCUGAGCCUAGCACUUGAAAAGGUCCAGGAGGAGGCCAGGAUGCAGCAGGAAGCGCUAGCCAACCAGGUUGCUGACUUGAGACUGACUCUGCAACGAGCUGAGCAACAGCAGGCGAGGAAGGAAGAUUAUUUGAGGGAAGAGAUCAGCGAGUUGCAGCAGAGACUUCAAGAAGCAGAGACUAGAAACCAGGAGCUCAGUCAGAGUGUUACCUCAGCAACAAGGCCCCUUCUGCGACAGAUUGAGAACUUACAGGCCUCACUGGGUGGACAAACAGCAAGCUGGGAAAAACUGGAGAAGAAUAUUUCUGAUAGGCUUGUUGAUGCCCAGACACAGCUAGCUGUUGCUGUGGAGAAGGAGCGUGCAGCAGCAGAGGAAUUGUUGUCCAUUAAGUCCCAGCUGGCAUCCCUGGAGUCCCAGAAUUCUUUGCUGCGCCAGGAGAAGGCCAGAUGCCAGGCUCACCUGGAGGCCGAGAAGAACAAGAGAGAGAGGCUGGAGGAUGAGAGCAGCAGGGAGCAUGUCGAACUGGAAAAUCUAAAAGGAGAAUACAGUCGUAUGUUGGAAGAGGCCAAGAAGGAAAAGCUGCUGCUGACCAAUCAAGUAGAGAUGGAGAAGAUGAAAGUGGAGCAAGAGAAGAAGAAAUGCUAUUUGGCACAAGAGGCACUAAAGGAAAAGGAGCGCAGGACUAUGACCCACUCUGCGGGAGAGCCCCCAGGUUCUUCGACACCUUCACUUUCCCGCUCCAGUUCUAUUAGCGGAGUGGACACUGCUGGCCUGCACACUUCUAUUCUCUCUCAGGAUGAUACUUUAGACCACUCGCUGGGCUCCAUGACGAUGUCAAUGAGCGGGACCAACCUGUAUGAAGCUGCCAGACUGACCGGAGGUUCCAGCAUCAUAGAGAACCUCCAAUCUCAGCUCAAACUCCGUGAAGGAGAGAUAGCACAGCUUCAGCUUGAGAUCUCUAGUCUGGAGAGAAGUCGCUCUGUGAUGGCGGAAGAGUUGGUUCGACUCACUAAUCAAAAUGAUGAGAUGGAGGAGAAAGUAAAGGAGAUCCCAAAGCUUAAAAUCCAGCUAAAGGAUCUGGAGCAGAGGCAUAAUACCAUCUUGCAGAUGUAUGGAGAGAAGGCUGAGGAGGCAGAGGAGCUGAGACUGGAUCUUGAAGAUGUAAAGAACAUGUACAAAACCCAAAUAGAUGAACUGUUGCAGAACCAGAAAUAAACAGUUUACUGUA